GAAAAAUGAUCCAUUGGAGCUCUUUCUGCCGUGUUGCUGCAAAAUUUUGCACUUUGUUUGACCAGGCGCUUUCAUUUCCUUGCCAUAGAAUUUCGCCGGUUCUCAGACGCAGAAAAAUAUUUCAAAAACCAAACCUUCUGCGCUCCAGCUCGGGUUUAUGAAUAACAAAGUUGGAAUUUUGUUCGCUUAUCAGCAUUGCAAGUAACCGCGAGCGGAGUUUUGGUUGAAGCGUUUCUGUUCCAACGGAAGCCUAAGGCAUUAAAAAUCUGAUUUUUUUGGUUCAAGAAUUCGUCGGAGCUCGCCAAUCAAAGCAACAGUUUUGCUGCGAAGCCCGCAAAGAUGUCUAUUUGCAGUUUGGGUUUGAUGCCUUGGCUGAGAAAGAAGAUUGUUGAUCCUUUCCUGCAGAUUAUUCGGAGAGGUGCAGAACCCAAGCUAUUGGCGUUUUCAACAGCACUUGGUCUGACCUUGGGAAUUUUCCCCAUUUGCGGAGUCACACUGCUUCUCUGUGGAUUUGCCAUUCCAUUACUUGGGCAGCAUUGUCAUGCUCCUAGCAUUUUACUAGCCAAUUUCAUUGCUACUCCUAUUGAGCUGAGUUUGGUGAUACCAUUUUUGCGACUAGGUGAAUUCAUAACCGGUGGAGCUCAUUUCCCGUUGACAUCAGAUGCCCUCAAAAAGGUUUUGACCGGCCAUGCAUCUCGAGAAGUCCUCCUCAGCAUAGUACAUGCGCUAUUAGGCUGGAUCAUUGCCGCACCGAUCAUACUCGCCGUGCUGUACUUCGUCUUUGUUCCGAUAUUCAAGUAUCUUGUUCACAAAUUUGGUAGCACGCCUUCAAGCCCUGAGAAGCAGUCCCUUAUCCAACCAGAUCCAAAAUUAUUCAAGUCAAGAUGAUCUGUGUGCUUAGGGGAGAUCAAGCAGAUUUCAUGUGGAUUGCAUCAACUGUUGACUCACCAUCAAAUACAACCUGACCUCGCUGUGCGGCCCCUCUCCGUUUGGCCAAAAAAAAGUUCCCCUUAUUCCUAAGACCAUCAAGUUUGGAUAAAUUGUUGUCAUGAUAUCUGUGUAAAGUGCAAUGAAAUACUGUCUCUAUGCUACUCUCCAAGUUCUGCUUAAUUGUUGCUAUAUUUUGAUAGAUUUUGUUUUUGUUUGGUUUAUAAUACCCCAACGCAAAAAUUU